CGAUACAUUCAUUCUGAGAAAGUAUUAGUUUGAGUCAGUUCGAGGUCUUGCUAAAUCACCUUACAGUGUACACUACCAGUGGUGAAACUCCACUGUUUCUUUGUUGUGGCUGGCUUGAGAGUGUUGGAACACGUGCAGGCUGCGUGAUGUCCAAGGUGGCUGAGGAGCCAUCCAUGGACGACGCGCUUCGCCACAAAGAGGAAGGCAACAAGUUCUUCUCCGAUGGCAAGUACACGGAGGCUAUUUCGUGCUACAGCUGUGGUCUGAAGUGUUGUCCGCCCAACAUCGACCUCUGUGCUGUGCUGUACCGAAACCGUGCAGCGUGCUACUUGAAGAAGGAGCAAUGGAAGAAGGCAGUCAGUGAUUCCUCUGCAGCACUUGUAAUUACACCCAAUGAGUCAAAAGCGUUAUUUCGACGAGCGCAGGCGUAUGAAAAGCUUGGCAAGGCUGCGGAAGCGUUCCGGGAUGUCAAGCUCUUGCUACAUGUAGAUCCGAAGAACAAGGCUGGAAUCGAGCUAGCGUCUCAUCUUCGUAAUGUCGUCUCGGCUAAGGUUCAGAGUCGGGAGUCGACGGAAGGUGCCGUGUCCGAGUCCUUCCUUGAGCUAUGCAAGCCGGACUCUGACCGGGCCACGAAACUACAGAUGGCUAAGAACAUUGCUAUUCUUGCUGGCCAAGAAGGCGGUGCUGCCAAGAUUUUCCAGAACAGUGGCAUACCUAGGAUUUUAUCUAUUAUGAAUGAGGAUGAUGUGGAGCUGGCUCAGCCCCUGCUGCGCGCUCUGGCAUCUAUCUGCGAGAAGCACAAGGCGCGGGCAUCUGCCGUUGUUCAUGAAAUUGGAGAUGAUCGCUUCAAGAAGCUCAUUUCGAAUACCCACGGCACACUAGCAGUCAGUGCGGCAUACAUUCUACAUCAAGCAGUCGAGGCCUUCACUGGAACGGACAAGACAGAACUGAAGGGAUCGGAAACAGCUCUUGUCACACCGCCGAUGGCCGAAGUGCGCAAUAUUCUCAAGACGUCUUUCGGUCUCAUGAAGGAAAAAGAGCUGACAUCCGAAGGGCGUGAUGCAAUGGUGGAUCUGGUUGUGCAAGUAGCUGGGCUACCGGGUGUGACCAAAGAGAUUUCUCAUCUUGAAGGUGUGACAACGCUACUGGAAGUGGCUGCAGGUUGUGUGGAGCUGGUCGACGGAAAGACAGGCUUGGCAAGCGUCAGUGAUGUACUGCGCAUGCAUGUGGCCGUGGCGCUAGGCAACAUCUACGAUAACGUCGGCAAGGAUAAGACACAGUUCAAGAAGGAGUGUGCUCUCUUUAUCUGUCCCAAACUAGUUGUAUCUGACCUGGACACUAGAAUACAAGGGGCUGCUGCUCUCUCGGCUGUUGUGCAGGGAUGCAGUGACCUUGGUAAUGACAUGUUAGCUAGGGAGAAUGUGCUGCCUAGCAUUCUCAAGAUGGCACAGUCCGACAAUCUCGCAACACAGCUUGUAGCAACAGAGGCACUGGCACAUGCCGCAGGAGACAAGUCACGCUGUACGGCUCUGCUUGGCGAUGGUGUUGAGGCUCUGAAGACAUUAUUCACAACAUCCAGUAAUGACCGUGUUAGAAUACGAGCGCUUGUGGCCCUGUGCAAGAUGGCAUCCACACACGGUGGUAACGUCAACGCCAAGACGUUUGUGGAGGGUGCUGGUCGUCGCCUUGGAAAGCAAUGCAGAACGUUCCUGGUGGCAGAGGAGCAGACAUUUGAGAACCGCAAGUGGGCCGCUGAAGGUAUGGCUUUUUUGACGCUGGAUGCCGAAGUCAAGGAAGAUAUCGUGAAAGAUAAGCCCGCUCUUCAGGCUCUGUUUGAACUUGCCAAGCAUGAGGACAAGUCACUGCUCUAUGGAGUCAGUACGGCACUGGUAAACCUCACCAACAGCUACGACAAGCCAGACAAGAACGAGGAGUUGGAGAAGCUGGGAGAGUUUGCCGGCGAGAACGUUCCUCAGGAGCAUGUGCUGGAUGACGAGGAUUUCGUCACCGGUCGUAUCGAUACUCUGAUAGAGACUGGCGUUGUACCGGCGAUAGUGCAGCUAGCGACUCAGACCAGUCACAGUAGUCGUGAACAACUUUGUCGUGUGUUGAAUGCACUAGCUGCUGAGCAGAAGCAUCGUGGCACUGUCGUGCAGCAGGGUGGAGCCAAGGUGUUAAUUCCAAUGGCACUGGAAGGUACUGCAAAGGGCAUGAACAUUGCAGCACAAGCACUGGCCAAGAUCGGCAUCACCACCGAUCCACGGCUGGCAUUCCCUGGCCAGAGAUCUCUGGAGGUUGUUCGACCACUCAUACGAUUACUGCGGGCGGACCAGGGCCUGCAGCAGUUCGAGGCAUUGAUGGCUCUGACUAACCUAGCUAGUACAAGUGAUGAUCACAGAAAGAGAAUCAUGCGGGAGAAAGGCUUCACUUGGAUCGAGCAUCUGAUGUUUGAAGAGCAUGAGAUGCUGCGGCGUGCCGCCACCGAAUGUGUUUGUAACAUGGUCUUCAACGAAGAGGUGUUUGAGUUGUACGCGGCAGACACAGGCGAUAAGGUCAAGCUUCUGACUCUGUUCAGUGGAGAGGAAGACGUGGCACUUGCAAAGGCUGCUGCUGGCGCACUUGCAAUCCUCGCUGCCGACAAGAGAGUGUGUGAGAAGAUAAUGGCGGUGAAGUCAGCCGUGGAGAUUGUGCAUCACUUGAUGAUCAGUCAGAACCCGGAGCUGGCACACCGGGGCAUGCAUCUGAUGCUGUGUCUGGUCGCGUAUCAGAAAGAAUCAGCCGAGAAGAUGAUUGAGAACAACGGACUGGAGAUCCUGCUGGCGUUCGUGCAGAAGCUAGUGCCUUCGUCGCCGGAUGUACAGAAGGCUGCCACGCAGUGCCUGCAGACGCUGCAGGAGUACGGCCUCAUCGAGUCUAGCAAGAUCCCACACGCCACCUGAGUGUGCGGUGUACUCUCUGUUUUUGACGUGUCAGUCCGUCAUUUAGAAUUUCUUUUAUAUAGCACAACCCAAUUCUUGUAGGCACACAAACGCCCUUGUAGAGUGAACCUAGUUUUUCUGCUUCUCAAUUUUUGAUCUUUGCCAUGCCUUUUCAUGCACUAGGAACUUCAGAAUAUUUGCAUAAUUUGUGAUCAAAGGUGCUUUGAAGUAUCUAUAUAUCCUUCGAGAUUUUCUUUUAUGACUAAUAAGAGGCCUGAUGUCUGUGUUGGCAGCAUCCUUCUUCACAUACUCGGUGUGUGUGUGUGUGUGUGCAUGUGCGUGCAUGUGUGUGUGUGUGCGUGCGUGUGUGCGUGUGUGCGUCUGUGCAACCAGUUCUACGAACAGUGCAUCUCUCAUUUGUCUUUUGAUAUCCUCAAAAAGAACUUAUUCUCUUUCCUGUCUACUCUUUCUCUUCACUCGCUUUUUUCUUGCUCUUUGCUCUGCUUGGCACAUGAAAAUCACAUGAAAACACAAAAUGUAAAACAUAAUUAUUGAAUGCUCCGUACAA